UCUAUUAUGCAUCCAAAGCAUUUUGAGUCAUUUGAACAACAACAUUAUUGUCUCUAGUGCUUAUCGUCUUGUCCACCAAAAGAGUGAAGAUGGGUUCUAGGUUUCUUCCAUCACCAGCCUUUUUGAGAGCCAUCUUUCUUGCUUCGAUUGCAUUGUGGAUUUUGCCUAAGCUGGUACUCGCAAAGCAUGCAGGCACAACCAGACAUUACAAGUUUGAUAUCAAGUUACAAAAUGUGACCAGACUAUGCCAAACAAAGAGCAUUGUGACAGUUAACGGGCAGAUCCCCGGACCUCGGAUCAUCGCACGGGAAGGUGACCGGCUCGUGAUUAAAGUGGUUAACCAUGUCCAACACAAUAUCACCAUCCAUUGGCAUGGAGUGAGGCAACUAAGAAGUGGAUGGGCAGACGGACCCGCUUACAUUACACAGUGCCCUAUUCAGACAGGCCAGGUCUAUGUGUACAAUUUCACCCUUACAGGCCAAAGAGGGACUUUGUUUUGGCAUGCUCACAUCUCAUGGCUUAGGGCAACUCUCUAUGGACCACUUGUCAUACUCCCAAAACGACAUGCGUCCUACCCAUUUCCUCAACCCGAAAAAGAAGUUCCCAUCAUUUUUGGAGAAUGGUGGAAAGUAGACACAGAGAAAAUGAUCAACCAAGCCAUGAGUACAGGAUCAGCACCAAAUCUCUCUGAUGCCUUCACUAUUAAUGGUCUUCCAGGACCCUUAUACAACUGUUCAGCCAAAGAUACAUUCAAGCUCAAGGUGAAGCCUGGGAAAACCUAUCUCCUCCGUUUGAUCAAUGCUGCACUCAACGAUGAACUUUUUUUCAGCAUUGCAAACCACACACUCACUGUGGUUGAAGCCGAUGCAGUAUAUGUAAAGCCCUUCAAAACCCACACUGUCCUCAUCACCCCAGGACAGACCACCAAUGUUCUUCUCAGAACCAAAUCCAAAUCCCCAAAUGCCACUUUCAUAAUGGCCGCUAGACCUUACGCUACAGGCCCUGCUACCUUUGACAACACCACAGCCACAGGAUUGCUCGAAUACGAAAACCCUUCAGUCUCAAAAGCCAAAAACAAGAACAAGAAGCUACAGCUUCUCAAACCAGUGCUUCCACAAUUCAAUGAUACAUCCUUUGCUACGAAAUUCAGCAACAAAAUCCGUAGCUUGAACUCAGCAAAAUUCCCAGCAAAGGUUCCAAAAACAGUUGAUAGACGCUUCUUCUUCACUGUAGGUUUAGGUAUAAUCCAAUGCUCGCAAAACCAAACGUGCCCAAAUAACACCAUGGUUGCUGCUUCAAUCAACAACGUGUCAUUUGUGCAACCAAGCACAGCAUUACUUCAAGCCCACUUCUUUAACAAAUCUAAAGGUGUUUACACCACGGAUUUCCCUGCCAACCCAUUGGUCAAAUUUAAUUAUACAGGCAAUCCACCUAACAACAUUAUGAUGAACACUGGUACUAAAGUUGUGGUGCUACCAUUUAAUGCUAGUGUGGAGUUGGUAUUACAGGACACUAGCAUUAUUGGUGCAGAGAGCCACCCUCUUCACCUCCAUGGCUUCAAUUUCUUUGUGCUAGCUCAAGGUUUUGGAAACUUUGACCCCAAGAAAGACCCUGCGAAGUUCAACCUCGUUGACCCAGCUGAGAGGAACACCAUAGGCGUACCAUCUGGUGGUUGGGUUGCAAUUCGCUUUCUUGCAGACAAUCCAGGUGUUUGGUUUAUGCACUGCCAUCUGGAAGUACACACAAGCUGGGGCUUGAAAAUGGCUUGGGUAGUCCAGGAUGGAAAAGGGCCCAAGCAAAAGCUACCACCUCCACCGUCCGAUCUUCCCAAAUGUUGAAAUCAUUUUUCUAUCUCAGAUCCAUGAUUCAUUUAUACUUGUACUUUUUUUUCUUUUUUAUAGUUAUUUUUUUAUUUUUUAUCAUUCUUCUUCCUUCUAAUAUUCAGAGGGAUGGAAAAAGGUUUCUCUAUGUUCUUAGUCUAUGAUAAUUGUUUCCAUAAGAAUUUUUGUACCCAAUUCGUUAAAGUAAUUAAGUGAGAAUUUUGAGUUCGA